UGCUUGCUGCCGCCCCUCGGCCCCUUAUGAGGUGGUGCUGGUGUACUGCCCCCCCUGGCUGUCACUUGCCUCUCCGGACAUUCCACUUUUCCUGGUCACUCUGCCAGCCCUGGGUGUCUCUUGAGCCGGAAGCCGGACACUCGCAGCGGUACAAGUACCAGUCCUCAUCCGCUUCGCUCACUCCAUCAUCCACUUGUUCCUCUCACGACAGCCUCUGUCAUACCAGCGUCCUCUUGCCACCCGCCACAAUGUCUUCAUCCUCGCUCCCUUCCAGCCAGAAGCAGGUGCACCUCCUCAAGAGGCCUGGCCGUGCUCCCCUCUCCACCGAGAUCCUCAAUGUGGUCACCGCCCCCCUUCCUGACGUGUCCAAUCUAGCUUCUGGCCAUGUCUUCCUCAAGACCCACUUCCUCUCCCUCGAUCCCUCCAUGAGGCCUUCCAUGGACCCCAGCAAGAAGUCAUACCGCCCUCCUGCCCCGCUCAAUGAAACCUUUUGGGCCGGCGGUGUUGGCACGGUGAUCAAGUCCAAUCACCCCGAAUACAAGGAGGGCGAGCUGGUUCUCUCCUCUGCCUUCGGAGCUCAGGAGUACGCCGACAUGGACGUGGCAGCUACUCAGCGCAAUGGCUUCUUCUACAAGAUUGACCCUGCAAAAGGGAUUGAGCCCCGCGAGUAUCUCGGUGGACUGUGGGGAACCGGUCUCGCAGCCUACCUGGGUAUGAAGGAGAUUGCAAAGGUCAAGAAGGGAGACCGAGUCCUCGUAUCCGGAGCUGCUGGUGCCACUGGUGGUCUGGCAAUUCAGAUUGCAAGGCAACUCGGCGCCUCAUACAUCGUCGGAGUGGCUGGUGGUCCGGGCAAGGCAAAGUACGUCGUCGAGGAGUUGGGCGCAGAUGAGUGCAUCGACUACCGCGAGGCAAACUUCGAGAAGCAAAUUGCCUCCCUCUCGGACCGCCCUGAAGGUGGUAUGGACGUCUACUUUGACAACGUUGGAGGUCAGACGCUCGAUGCUGCUCUGCUGGCCAUGAACCCUAACGGCCGAAUCGCCUGCUGUGGUGCCAUCAGUGGCUAUGGUGGAAGCUACGAAGGACUCAAGAACUCCUUUGUCAUCGUGGCCAGGCGUUUGACCCUACAAGGUUACAUUGCCAUUGGCACCUUCUGGCCUCAAGACGUGUACCAGGCUGCCAUCGCUCAGCUCGCAACAUGGCUCGCAGAGAAGAAGAUUGCCACCAGGUUCCACUUCUACGAAAAAGUCGGCGUGGAAAACUUCCUUGAUGCACUCAAGGCCCUCUUCGAGGGAAAGAAUUGGGGAAAGAUGUUGCUGCAAGUCGAUCCAGAGUGGAAGGGAGAGGGAUCGAAGUCAGCUGCAAAGUGAGUCGUCUUGCAUAGAGCUGCGAAUUCCCCUGCAUAUAGAGAAGCCAUGAAGAGGAUAGGGUGAGUCUGUCGUUGGGCCAUGCCAACGUACGGGCAAGAGUGGGCCGGGAGCACGUAUCGGAGCGAGGCCUUGCGUGGCUGUUCCUCUGUGAGCAGCCUACUGACAGGCGCCCUCUACUUUUUCCGUUGUCAUCAGAUUGUAAAAGCAUACAGAACCACGCAUCAAACGACCCAUAUCUUGUCACAUUGUUCGCGCUGAUUGUCAAUGGAAUGGGAUCGAAUUGUCCAC